AAGUUAUUGCUUAUUAGUUUUGUGUUUUCGUAAAAACGCCGACAAACUUUGCGUAAAGUUAUUUGUAAAUUGGAAGUUCAAAACUUUCUUCGUGUUGUGUUUGUGACGACUAGUAAUAUUAAAUAAUUUUGUAUAUUGUGUUCAAUCUUGAAAUUAUUGUUGAACUUAGUUUUGAUAAGUAAAUAGCUCUGAAAAGUUAAGUUAAGUUUUGAAUUUCUGAAGAAACUGAUCAGUGUAUAUGUUUUAAAAGAAAAAUUAUCAUGCGAAAGGAUUUAUUUGCUGUUUGGGUCGCAGUAUGAGCCCGGGGGCUACGCCCAAGCGGUUCAGCAGCGGAGCAACAUGACGCAGCGGGAGGAUGCCCUCAAGUUCGAGCAGGGCCGCAUCAAGGCUCUGCAGGAGGAGCGGUUGCACAUCCAGAAGAAGACCUUCACCAAAUGGAUCAACUCUUUCCUGCAAAAGGCGCGGAUGGAGGUGGAGGAUCUGUUCGCGGACCUCGCGGACGGCAGACGGCUGCUCAAGCUGCUGGAGAUCAUCAGCGGGGAGCGGCUGCCCAGACCCAACUCGGGCAGGAUGAGGGUCCACAAGAUAGAGAACGUUAACAAGUCACUCAGCUUCCUGCACACCAAGGUUCGCUUGGAGUCGAUCGGUGCUGAGGAUAUCGUGGACGGAAACCCGCGUCUCAUCCUCGGACUUAUUUGGACAAUCAUCUUGAGAUUCCAGAUCCAGGAGAUAGAAAUUGACGUGGACGAAGAGAACGAAUCGUCUGAGAAGAAAUCCGCGAAGGAUGCGCUGCUGCUGUGGUGCCAGCGGAAGACGAGCGGCUACCAUGGAGUGCACAUCCACAACUUUACCGAUUCCUGGCGAUCUGGACUUGGUUUCAACGCGCUCAUACACGCCCACAGGCCGGACCUGUUCCGCUGGUCGGAGGUGCCCACGACUGACCACGUUGAGACCCUCAACCACGCCUUCGACAUGGCCCACAACCACCUCGGUAUACCCAAGCUGUUGGAUGCUGAAGACGUUGACACCACCCGGCCUGAUGAGAAGUCGGUGAUGACCUACGUGGCCAGCUACUACCACACCUUCGCCAGGAUGAAGAAUGAACAGAAGAGUGGCCGCCGGAUCGCUAAUAUCAUUGGGCAGCUGAUGGACUGCGACUCUCGCAAGGCGGAGUACAGCCGCCUGCUGACGGCGCUGCUGGAGUGGAUCCGGCUCAAGAUCACGGAGCUGAACUGCCGCGACUUCCCCAACGCGCUCGAUGGUAUCCAGCGGCUACUUCUCGCCUUCAAGCAGUACCGCACCGUCGAGAAGCCGCCCAAGUACAAGGAGCGAUCAGAGAUAGAAGCGCUGUAUUUCCACAUCAACACCAUGCAGAAGAGCCUGGUGGGGGAACCCUGGGCGCCGCUGGAAGGUCAACUGCCCCAGGACUUAGAGAGGGCCUGGCAACAUCUGGAACAGGCCGAGCAUGCUCGCGAACUUGCUCUACGUACCGAGCUACUAAGACAACAACGAUUGGAACAGCUCAAUUAUAAGUUUAACACUAAGUCCGUUCUCCGCAAGGGAUACCUGAAGGAGAUGAUCCAGGUGUUGUCGGACCCUCGUUACGGCUCCAACCUGGCUCAGGUGGACGCCACCGUCAAGAAGCACGAGGCUAUUUCCGCGGAUAUACUCGCCAGAACGGAGCGGUUCGAAGACCUAUCCGCCAUGGCCGCAGAACUAGUGCGUGAGAAGUACCACGGCGCAGAAGCCGUGUCUCGCACGGAGCAAGCCGUGCUGUCCCGCUGGAAGGAACUGCUGCAACUGCUGGAGAAGCACCGAGUGUCCCUGGCGCGCCUGGCGCACCUGAUGGCUCUCCUGCGGGAGGCAGACACUGUCGCCAGCACCGUAGCUGACAUGAGGGCUCACUUUGAAUCUGAAGAUGUGGGACGCCAUCUUGUCGACGUGGAGCGUCUGUUGCAGGCCCACGCGCUGCAGGAGCUACAGCUGGGAGCCUUGGACGAGAGUAUCCAGCGGCUGGUGAGGCAGGGAGCUGCGCUGGAAGAGCUGCAGUCCGGACAACAGCUGCAGGGACAACUUGACUUGCUACAGCAACAUUACCAGAGCUUGCUGAAUGCCGCCAAAGACAGAAAGGCGAGACUGGAAGAUGCUCGGAACCUGUACCAGUUUCUAGAAGAUCAUGAGGAAGAAGAGGGUUGGGUGACUGAGAAGCAGAGGAUAUGCCGCACAGAAGUCGCAGCCAAGGAACUGCGCGGAGUGUUAGCUUUACGACAGAAACAUACAGCGCUGAUGCAUGAGCUGAGGGCCAGGGAUCUGGUGGCUCAGAGACAUAGGGCUAAGGGUCAGAGCCUUAUAGACGCGAAACACCCGAAGAGUGCAGAGAUUGAGCGUCGACUGUCGGCGCUGAGCGAGCAGUGGGAGAUCCUGCGGCAGCUGGCGAACGACCGGGACAAGAAGCUGGCUGAUGCUGCAGAGGCGCACCAGUUUUACGGUGACGCGAACGAAGCGGAGUCCUGGAUGAAAGAGAAACACGCGCUCGUUGCCAGCGAGGACUGCGGCGUCGACGCAAACAGCGCUGCAGCGCUUCUGGCCCGUCAGCGUAUUGUCCACGACGAGCUGCGGGCGUACAGCGGAGAGCUGCAAGCGCUGCGGGGGACCGCGCAACGGCUGCAGGCCGCCGGAAUACUCACGCUACAGCUCCCGACGGAGGUGGAGUCCGGAGGCGCGGUGGAGAGUGAGGAGGAGUGGGGCAGCGAGAGCCGCCUCGUGCCCACCGAGGUGUGGGAGGAGGAGCCGGUCGAGCGGCUGGAGCACCGCACCGUCACCGAGGAGCGCAGCGUGCCGCAGGUGAAGGCGCUCUACGCGUUUUCCGGCCAAGGCAUCAGCAUAGCGAAGGGGGAGGUGAUGUUCCUGAUGAACAAGACCAACCCCGACUGGUGGUCGAUACGCAAGGCGGACCGCACUGACGGGUUCGUGCCCGCAAACUACGUGCGAGAGAUCGAACCCAGACUUGUGCCUGUGCAAGUCCGUCGUCCGGAGAAGGUCCGUACGGUCCAGCGCGUCAAGAAGACUGUCCUGGUGAAGCAGGUGGUGCGCGUGCGACGCGGGCCGCCCGCACGACGGAGGACGCACGUGGCCGCGCCCGUCGCCGUGCCGCACGUGCGGGACCGCAUCGCGCAGAUCGACUCGCAGUACGACGAGCUCCUCAAGUUAUCGGAGGCUCGCCGCGCUCAACUAGAAGAUGCCAUCAUGAUGUACAGUUUCUUCGCGGAGUGUGAGGACUUCGAUAAGUGGAUGAAGGAGAAGGAGAAGAUGCUGAGAGCUGACGAUAAGGAGGACACUGUUGACACCGCCAAGAGGAAGUAUGAGAAAUUCGUGACGGAUCUGUCAGCUGCUUCUAAGCGUCUGGAGAAGAUAAAUGCGUCAGCCGAAGAGCUGGUGUCCGCGAAGCACCGACAGGCGAGCCGCGCUGUUGCCAGAACUCAGCAGCUAAGACAGCAGUGGGACAGACUGCUGCGGUUGAAACAGCAGAAGGAAAAGAGCUUGGAAGGAGCUUCUAGCGUGGAGCUGUUCUACCGCACCUGUGACGAAGCUCUGGAGUGGAUGUGCGAGAAGGAGCAGCAGCUGGAGAGCGGGUGGGCGGGCGGCGCAGACCUGCGGACAGCGCGCGCCCUGCAGAGGAGACACGCGCAGCUGGAGCGGGAGCUGCAGCCGCUGCAGGACAAGGUUCAGGCCGUCACCGCGCUGGCUGACGAUGUGAAGUCCCAAUAUCCAAGCGAGAAAGCAAAUGUGGAAGCCAGACAGCGGGAGAUAGAGAGCAUGUGGAUACGAUGUCAGCAGCAGGCGGCGGAAAGACGCAGCCGGCUGGAGAGCGCUGUGGGCCAUCAGAUCUUCAGUACCAGCAGCGCUCAGCUGCAGGACUGGUUGCAGAAAAUCCACGAGCAAGUUUCGGCGGAGGUGACCGCGAAGGACGUGGCGACGGCGGAAGCAUUACUGAAGCAGCACCAGGAGCUGAAGGACGACAUCGACGCACACGACGACGAGUUCAAGGAGGUGAUAGGUCUGGGCAAGCAGUUACUAGCCACCAACCCGGCGUUGGUCGACGCGAGAGACAAGAUAGAGAUGCUGGACAAUGAACAGCGUGCUGUUAAGAAAGAAUGGCAAGAUAAAGAAAAGUACUUGAAGCAACUUCUCCAGCUGCAGUCGUUCAACCGAGAGGCGGAUCAAAUUGACGCGUCGAGCGGCGCGCACGAGGCUUUCCUCGAGUACCAGCAGUUCGGGUCUUCGGUGGACGAAGCCGAGACAUUGGUGAAGCGGCAGGAGGAAGCGGAGGCACGUUUUUCCGCGCAGGACGAGCGUGUGAACACAUUCGCACAGAAGGCGGCCGCGCUCGCCGAACAACGCCCCGAGCAUUACGCCGUGCCACAUAUCCUUGCACGCCGAACUGCAGUGCUUCAGCGUCGCGACAAAGUGCGCCAGGCAUUCGGCGAACGCAGGCGAGCAUUGCUCGCGAACCUUGCUCAUCAACAGUUCGUCGCGUCGACGGAGGAACUGCAGUCUUGGAUCAACGACAAAACUCGAACAGCCAACGACCAGAGCUACAGAGAGCUUGCCAAUUUGGAACGUAAGCUGCAGAAGCACGAGGCCUUUGAGAGGGAACUUCAGGCCAACGAGAAACAACUCAGAAACGUGGAGAGCAUUGGCCAGUCACUUCAGAAAUCGGAUCCGGGUCGCGCGAAGGAUAUAUCCUCGCGUCUGGAACAACUGCAGCAGGGCUGGGAGCAAUUGGUGGCAGCGUCAAGAGACAAGGGCAGCAAGCUGCGGCAAGCAUCGCAGCAGAAACAGCACAGGCGCGGCGUCGAAGAUGCGAAGGCUCGCUUAAACGACCUAGAGAGAGCGCUGAACAGCGAAGACAUUGGUACUGACUUGAGGAGCUGCAAGCGUCUCCUGACUCAGCACCAGGCGCUGGAACAAGAGCUGAAUCAGAUAGAGCAGCGUGCGGAGUCGCUGGGGGCGCAAGGUGCGGACCUCGUGUCCAGCGGCCACUUCGACGGCGCGGCGAUUCAGAGGGAGUGCGCCGGUCUGAGCCGCGCCGUCACUGACCUGAGGCCGCGUGCCGUAGCUCGACGUCGCGGCCUCGAUGACAGCCUGCUACUGCACAAGCUGGCUGCGGAGGUGUCAGGCGAGAUCGCGUGGGUAGAAGAACGUCGCGCCACCGCCUCGUCUACAGCUCUGCCUCAAGACCUUCACGCCGCGCAAUCCGCUCAGAAGAAGCACGCCAAGCUGCGCAGCGAACUGGAUGGCAGGCGCCCCAUCGUCACGAAAGUGCUGCAGAAAGGCAGGGAGGUUCCCGAUCAUCCGCAGGCUGAGAAGAUCAAGCAACUCUGCAAAGAGCUUGAGAGAGCGUACUCAGACGUGUCGACCGCGGCGGAAGAGCGUGCUGUACGCUUGGAGAACGCUCUCAAGGCGCAGCAGUUCAUGCACGAUGCGCUGGAAGUGGACUCGUGGCUGGCCGACAAGGCUGCGGAGCUGGCCAGCUGCGAUGUGGGCAACGACAGGCACAGAGCUACGCAGCUGCUAACCAGACACAAGGCGGUAGAGUUAGAACUGGACACGUACGCGGCCAUCAUCGCUGAGAUGGGCCACGCGGCGCAUGCGCAGUCGGACCCCAGCCUCGUGGACAGACACGGCGCGCUCUCGGCGACCCUCGCCAGGCUCCAGCGUAGCGCGGCACUGCGCCAGGCCGCGCUCGUCGAGAGCGUCUGCAGACACGAGUACUUGGCGGAGAGCGCAGAGUUAGAAAGCUGGAUCCAGGAGCAGUAUGCCGCUGCCUCAAGCGAGGACUAUGGACAGGACUAUGAACAUUUAUUGGUGCUAAGAUCGAAAUUCGAGGAGCUCCGGCACAGGGUUGAGAGCGGCGCUGAGCGGUUCAGCCAGUGUGAGGAGCUGGCUAAGAAGCUGCUAGCUUCCAACAGCCCCUACAUCGGUGAUAUAGAGAAGCGGCAGGAGGCGCUCGGAGAGUCGUGGCAGCGCCUGGUGGAACAGAUCGAGUCUCGCGGCAGGAGGCUCCACGCGGCUGGUGAGAUCCACCGCUUCCACCGGGACGCCAGCGAGCUGCUGGCCAUGGCUGCCGACCGCAGAGCCAAGCUGGCUGACCCGCCUCCACCACGAGACCUGCGAGCUGCCGAGGCUCUCAUCAGAGACCACCACACCGCUGAGAAUGACUUACUCGCAAUCGAUGCUCAGAUGCAGGUGUUGCAAGAAGAAGGCUCUCGUCUCCAAAAGUUGUGUCCCGGCGGCAACGAGCAGCAGAUCGCGCUCCGCCAACGAGCGCUCACUGAAGCCUGGAACUCCUUGCGAGCUGCUGCGGACAGAAGGAAGACGGUGCUGCAUCAUCAUCACCAGUUGCAGCAACUGCUGUCUGAGAUCCGGGACGUGAUGUCGUGGUCGACGGCGCUCCGUAGCGAGAUGUCGGCGAGUGUGGGCGCCGCGUCCGGCAGCGGGGCGCAGGCGCAGCGCGCGCACCACGACGCCCUGCGCGCGGAGAUCGACGCGCGCGACGACACGUUCCGCAACGCGCUGGAGCACGGACACGCGCUCGUCAGCGACGGACAUCCCAACGCGCAGGAGAUUGAGGAGCGGUGCGCAGCCCUGAUGGAGGAGCGCGGGCGGCUUCACGCGGCCUGGGCAGCUCGCCAGGUGGCGCUGGACCAGCUCAUCGACUGGCACUGCUUCCUGCGAGACGCCAAGCAGCUGCACGACCUGUGUAGCGCACAGGAGGCUGCUCUGGGUACGGAAAUAUCGCCCACGCUGAGCGUCGAGGAGGUCGACAACCUGUUGAAGAAACACGAGGCGUUCGAGAAACUUUUGGUUACACAGGAUGAGAAGCUGUCCUUGCUGAACAUGCACGGAGACAAGCUGCUGCAGCAGAACCAUGUGGAGAGUCAGCGCAUUGCUGAUGAGCUGGCGGCCAUUAACGAGAGGAGGAAAAAGCUGUACGAGAUGGCGGCGGCUCGUAGAACCCGGCUGGUGAGCCAGCGGUCUCGCGCGCAGUUCCAGCGGGACGCGGCUGAUACCCGCGCGUGUCUCGCCGACAAGUUGGCGGUACUGGCCGCGCAACACGGUGAAGUGACCAGCCUGGAAGAUAAAAUGAAGAGAUUGCAGAAGCACCAGGCGUUUACCGCUGAGUUGGCUGCGAACAGAGCUCGCCUGCUGGAGGUGGAGGAGCUGGCUCAGGAGCUGCCGGAGAAGGAGGUGGCACGCGAGCUGCAGCAGCUCCGCGAGGACUGGAGGCGCCUGGAGACAGCUGCCGAGCAAUACGGUCGUGGCUUAGAAGAAGCUCAGGACAUUCUGGAGUUUAAUCAACAUCUGGACAAGAUUGAAGCGUGGAUCAGGGACAAAGAGAUGAUGGUGCAAGCCAACGAGAUGGGUCGCGACUACGAGCACUGCACCGCGCUGCUCCGCAAGCUGGAUGACCUGGACAGUGACAUGCAGGUGGACGACAAACACGUGCGCACCAUCUGCGCGCUCGCUGACAAGCUGCUGCAACAGGGUCCGUCCCAGGCAGGCGAGGCGGUGGCCGAGCGCCGCGACACGUUCCUGGCCAAGUGGCGCGCGCUGAGCGGAGCGCUACAGACGUACAGGGACCGGCUCAACGCAGCGCUGCAGCUGCACUCCUUCAACAGGGAUGUUGAGGACACGAACGAACGUAUCGCGAAGAAGGCGGCCUUGUUCGGUAGCAGCGAGCGAGGACGAGAGCUGCAGGCUGCUUACGAGCUGAAGCGGCGCCACGAGGCCAGAGCUGCUGAGGCCUCCGCCAUCGGGGACAAGAUCGAAGCCUUAAAAGCGCAAGGAGGUGCUCUAGCUAAGAGUCACCCAGAUCAUUCGUCGGAGAUUUCCGGCAGCCUUCGUCGCCUGGACGAGGCGUGGAGCAAGCUGCAAGAGCUGGGAGCAGCUCGCAGCUCGCUCCUAGAUCAGGCCAUCGCUGAGCAUAAGUUCGAAGAAAGCCUGAAGGAAUUGGAACUCUGGGUCUCUGAGAGUGUGAAGCGCAUGUCGGGGGCGGAGCCCGAAAGCGUCGCGCACGCUGAAGCCCUACUCGAAAUGCACCAGGAGAGAAAGGCUGAAAUAGACGGGCGUCAGAAAGCGAUUGCGUCACUCCAAAAAGAGGCAGAGAAGGCGAAUGACAAGGAAAAGGUGAACCGCGUCGCCAAACUGUCAAGCACACUAGAUCAGGCCUGGCUGCAGAGGAAACUAUAUCUGACGCAGGCACAUGAGCUUCAAAUUCUGAACGAGCAGACGAGGCAGGUGGAAGACUGGCUGGCGGCGAAGGAAGCAUUCCUCAACAACGACGACCUGGGGGAGAAUCUGGAUGCGGUGGAGACUCUGAUCCGCAAGCACAUAGAGUUCUCCAAGCUGCUCGACUCGCAGAUGGGCAGGGUCGACGACUUGGAGAAGUUUUCCCAGGACCUGGUCAGCAAGGAGCACCAGGACGCGGCUUACAUCCAGACCAGGGUGCGCCCUGUCAGAGCUAGGGCUGACAAACUCAAGGAGAGCUGCAAGAGCCGCGGGGAGAUGCUGGAGCAGUCCAAACAGCUGCACCUGUUCCUGAGGGACCUCACGCACGAGCGGGAGUGGAUCGAGCUCAAGAUGCAGAUCGCUAACGACCUCAACUACAGGGAACUCUCCAAUCUGCAGUCGAAAAUGGAGAAGCAGUCCGCGUUCGAGUCGGAACUGGCGGCCAACAAGAGACGCAUUGACGAUGUCGCCGCCGAGGGAGAGAAACUUAUCGAAGGUAACCACUUCGCGUCCCAGGAGAUCGCCAGACACGUGGAAGACCUUGAGAACCUGUGGAGUGAGCUGCAGCACGCAGCCAAGUUGCGUCGCGAACGGUUGCAAGAGGCGUACCAAGCGCGAGUGUUCUUGCGUGGUCUGGACGACUUCACCGCGUGGCUCGAUGACGUGGAGACACAGUUGAUCAGCGACGAUCACGGCAAGGACCUAUCGACGGUAUCCGCGUUGUUGAAGAAGCACACGCGUCUAGAGCAGGUUGUGUCGAGCAAGGCGGAAGUGGCGACACAACUCGUGGACACGGCGGCGCAUCUCGCCGACACCGGACACUUCAUGUCGCACGAAAUCGUCGACAAGACCGAGCAGGCUGUCAAGAGAUACCGUCAACUCCAGGAGCCUAUCCAGAUCAGGCGAGACAAUCUGGAUGAUGCCGCAUUGCUUCACCGCUGGGAGCGAGAUGCUGAUGAAGAGAUGAACUGGUUGAAGGAACGCGAGGGUGCAGUACGGUCGGAAGAGGCCGGUGCGACUUUACCAGAGGCCCAGGCACUGUUGAAGAAGCACAGCGCUCUGGAGGCUGAGAUCAUAGCCAGAGAGUCGAGCGUGUCUGCGGUCUGCUCGCGUGCGAGUGCGUUGGCGCGUCGCGGACACUUUGCGGGCGCGGCGCUCGAGACGCGUGCGCGGGAACUAAACGCUGCGUUCAAGUCGCUACGGACCGCUGCGUCUGCGCGAUCAGCUUCAUUGAGGGACAGGGUUCAUUCACUGCAGCUCUUAUCGGAGAUGUGGGAGGCGGAGGCUUGGUUGAGCGAGCGAAAGAGCGCCCUGACCGCCGCGGAGACUGGACGUGACGAGGAGUCGGUGCUGCUGCUCGUGAGGAAGUUGGACGCAACGCAACGGGAGAUCAGCGCCUGGCUGCCCACGCUCGCCAAGCUGGAGAAGGCGGCUCAGGAACGCGCUACUGAUGAUGAGGUAGUAACGAAGAAGAUGGAGGAGCUGAAGGCAAUGUACGAAGACCUGAAGUUGCUGUCCGCAAAACGUCAACAGAGAUUGCAGCAAAGCUUGCAGUAUUUCAAAUUCGUGCAAGAGUGCUCGGAGACCCAGGAGUGGAUCAGCGAGCAGAUGUCCGUGGCCGCGAGCGAGGAGUACGGUCUGGACGUGGAACACGUGGACACACUACAGCAGGCUUUCGAUAACUUCAUGGCACAGCUACACGCUAGCGAAGGUCGCAUUGAGGCCGUGUGCGAAGCGGGCCACACGCUUCUAGAAGAGAACACACCGGAAGCGGACAGAGUCAAGCAGAAGAUAGAGGAUAUCAGAGGACUGUGGGACGACCUGAAGGAGUUGGCUGUGGCACGACAAGAGGCGUUAGCAGGUGCCCGACAAGUCCACGAGUUCGACCGCUCUGCCGAAGAAACACUCGCGUGGGUUGCUGAGAAGGAAGCUGCUCUCCAACUGUUGAAGCAGGUGCACCAGCUACGAGCCAUCCGGGCUGACCUGGUCGCCAUCAGGGAGAAGCACCAACAUUUGCGCAACGAGGCCGACAGGCUAGGCGCAGCAUUUCCAGAUGCAAAGGAGCACGUGCUAGCCAAAUUGGAGGACGUGACGGAAGCGCUGCAAGCCCUGGAGGAGAGGGCGGCCAACUGCGAACAGCAGCUGGUGGUGGCUGACCAGCUGCAGGCUUACUUCGACACUUAUCAGGACCUGAUGGCGUGGACCAACGAGACCUUGGCCAGAGUGACAGCACCAGAGCUGGGCAGCGACGUGGCAGCAGCUGAGCGGGUCCUGGCUCGACACAAGGAUAUCGUGGCCGAGAUGGACGCGAAAGACGACGCCUUCCAGACCUUCUACACUGAUGGUGAGAAACUGGUGAGUGAAGGUCAUUUCCUGUCGUGCGAGGUGGAAGGGCGGAUGUUCGCGCUGCGCACGCGCAGGGCUGCCCUAGAGAGUGCUGCCAAGAACCGCCGCGAUAUCUACGAACAGCACCUGGAUGCGCUCAUGUUCCUGAGGGACGCAGACGCUCUAGACCAAUGGAUCUCUGCUAGAGUGCCACUGGUGCGCGAUGGCAAGUACGGGGACAGCGUGGCGCACACCGAAGAGCUGAUCAAUCGGCACCGGGACCUCGAGGAGACCAUCGAUGCACAGAAGGAGAGGUUCAACGCACUCAAGAGGAUCACCUUGAUCGAGAAGUCGUUCAAGGAGCAGAAGUUGGAGGAGGAGCAGGCCAGAAGAAGACAGGCCGAGCAGCAGGAAGCUGACCGACUUCAGCUCGUGAAGCGCAGGGAGAUGGAGAGGAUAGCGGAAGAGAGACGAAGGGAGAGUGUGACUGGACAGCGGGAGAUUCAGUUGGAUCGCCAGACAAGUGUAGGCGCGGCGUCUUCCGAGGAGACUCUAUCACCGGCGCCGCAAUUCGAGCGGCUGCCCAAGAAUGAUGCGCUGGUGAAGAGAGCAGACAGCAUGAUUGUGGGAACAAAGACAGCCAAGCGCACGCCGUCGUUUACAACCCGACGUCGCACGCAGAGCUUCCGUAGACACAGACAACCCGACGAGUUACCGCCUGUCGACAACGAAGGUGACUUGGAGCGUAAACAGGAGACUGGCGUGGGCGGGAAACGCGCUGCCGUCCGCUCUUGGCGAGCGUACUACGGCGUGCUGUGUGGACAGCUACUGUGCUUCUUCAGAGACAAGCAGGACUUCGCCACGUCCAAGGCGGCGGCGCCACCCGUAGUUAUACUGCACGCACGCUGUGAACCAGCCAGCGACUAUACGAAGCGACCGAACGUGUUCCGUCUGUCGUGCACGGACGGUGCCGAGUACCUGUUCAGCUGCGCCAGCCGGGCAAUGAUGAUGGAGUGGGUCGCCAAGAUCUCGUUCCACGCGAGCCUGCCGCCGCAGCUGCAGCUCACGCCCUACGGCUCCACCUCGCCCGCCGAUGACGUCCGCAAGAGGCUGCAGAACGCUUCGUCUUCAGAAUCAGUGACGUCAUCACCAGAGGCGGAACGUAAAGUGCGGACACAGACUGAGAUCCUGCAGGAGCACCGGGCCUCGCAACCCGAACGGAAUAUUGAAUCAUCAGUGCUGCCAUCAUUACCACCACGACAACCUCCUAGCAGUGACGCGGCCGAUGUUGUUCUCAGAAAUACGGAACUCCCUGGUGGGUCGUGGGGUCGCUCUCGGUUCUCCAACGGGCGUGACCUUAACGCCGAGUUCAUCAGAUCACAGAAAGAAGCCGCUGAAGGACCAAUGCUAAUUGGAAAAGAUCGCCCACCAGUUAUUCCAGAAAGAGCGCCGGCCUUGCCAGAAAGGGGACCAAACGUACCGGAAAGAGGUACGAAUGUACCGGAAAGGGUUUCAAACGUACCAGAAAGAGGCCCAAACGUACCGGAAAGGGGACCAAACGUGCCAGAAAGGGGGCCGAACGUCCCAGAAAGAGGAUCAUUUAUGUCUGAAAGGGGUUCAAUUAUAUCCGAACAGGGGCCAGCUGUACCAGAAAGGCUGCAGGUUGGUGACCGCAGGUCUAAAGACCGGGCCUUGCUUGACAAUGACAGGUCUAAAGACAGGAAUUCUAAUGAGCGAAGUUCCAGCGAAAGAUUUGACAAAAAUGCAAAUGAAGGAACAUAUGAAUAUAGAUAUUCGGAAAGAAUUGACAAUAGAAAUAGUGGGGAGAAGCAGUCGGUGUCAUCGCUGGUGAACAGUUACCAGCAGAAGGUGAAGAGUUCUCAAGAGAAGGAGCCAAACAGAAAUUCCGCUGGCUGGAACAGUAAUUGGCAGGGCGUGGAGACGACUUCACACUUCUAUACGGCGAGCGAACUUGCGUACAGUGGGAGCAACACUCGGCCUGCGUCUGUCGCGGGAAGUGGGGGUUCCCCUGCCUUAGAUCCACGCCCCGCUUCCAGAUCGUCGGGUGAGUCAGAGCUCUCCGUGGGCGGUACAAAGGAGAAGAAAGACAAGAAGGGAGUCUUCGGAGGUCUCUUCAGCAGGAAGAAGAGACCACAAAGUCAUAUGUAACCUAUUACUCUUCUACCACAUGUUCUUACAAUCAUUUGACUUGUUUACUCAUUCACUAUCCCUUGUGUCACUUUGACACGCUGACGUUUGUUUGACGUGUGACGUUUCAUUAUUGGUAUUGCUAUGUCAGAAAAUUCUCGUCUUUUUUGUGCCUUUCUAAUGUAUAGUUUAGGGUAAGCUAUGUGCCUUUUGAUGUUAUCAAUUAUUAUUAUUAUUAUUACGUAAUGUGAAAAUUAAGCAUUAUUCGUGUGUCACAAACGUGGAACAACUUGGGACCAACUUUAAAUUCAGUGUUUCCAGAUCCGGUGUUGAGGUUUCAUUGGCUGGCAAUGCAUGACGAGAGCUUUACGAGCGAACGCUAGCGUUACGGGAACGGUGAUUUCUUGAUAAUUUCGUACUUUCUUUUCGUUCUUGAACAAUUUUAUAAAUUAAUAUUUUGUAUUAUUUCAGUCAUAUGGUCUACACAGUACACACCUUUUUUAUUUGUUUAAGAUACGUUAUAGUAAUAAUCAAUAUUUGCUGAAUUAUUUGAGCAUAUCAAUUACAAUUGGGCGAUGUCUUACUAAAGAACUAAUCUUGAAAUGUGAAAAAAAAAUAAAAUUACGUGGUAAGCAAUUAUGAAUAUAAAUAUUAUUUUUUCUUCAACUUUAUUUGACUAGUUCAUCUACUUUGAAGGUAAACUAAACAAUAUAACACGAUCUGGCAACACUGAAUUAGUAUAAUCAUUCCGUAGUAUCCUAAAAAUCAUGAUUCGACGUAAAAUAUUUGUAGCUUAAGUUAUUUUAUUGUUUUAUGACAAAGCAGAUAUAAAUUUGUAAACACAUGUUGUUCAUAAUAUUUUUGCAUAAUUUCGGCUGUUGAGAAAAAAAACAUCACGUGGUUAUUUCUCUUAUUUAUUCAUCAUUAAUUAAAUUAUAUACAAAAACGACACAUAGAAUUAGAAAGCGCAUAUUUAUUUAAUAGAAAUAUUACAAUGCUUAUUUCGUUUAAUAUAUAAACAUUUCAAUGUUAAACUAUACUAUUAAUAAUAAUGUCAUCUUUUUGCUGUUAAUUGUCAAACUAUAUAAUUAUUCUUUAUUUUUUUUAUUACGUAACCAUCAAACCAAACUAUAAUUCAAUCUUCACUCAUAUGUCAAUGUCUUAAUCAGUUCCCUACAGAUGACAGUUGGUUAUUUUUUUGUUUGAUUUAUUUAGAGCAUUGGUAGCAAUACCACCAGCUCAAACCAAAAUACAAUAAAAAACUAAUGUAUUUUUAAUUAUAUUCGAUCACAAGAAACCCCCGUUAGGCUUAUGGGCAUAUAAAUUCUACCUCUAUUUUACCACUUUCCUCCACAUAUGACAGUUGGUAACAUUUGACAUCUCUUACGUUGUAAUAGUUCUGUUAUCUGUGGCGCUUUCUGUAUCUGUGGAAGUAGUAUUUCGCCACCAAAGUAUGUUUCAGUUAUGUAAUAUGUUAAAGUACAAGAUUUCCACUAUGUUAUAUUAAGCACUGUUGAUUUUCGUUAGUUUAUAUACACGUUGGGUGGCGAAAACCUCUUUAGUUAGGUAGCAAUAGUUUAAUGUUAAUUUAAAAUGAAAUACGAAUUCGCCUUUUGCCGAUUUUUUUUUAUUUUAAAAGUAGAAUGGCCGUGAAAAAAAUAUAAAUAAUUACAAAUACUCUAUAGAAAACGUAACUAAUUAAAUCUUUAUAAAAUUGGUAAUUGCGUUUUAAGGUAAAGCUAAAUAUUAAAUUAAUCUAAAUUACUAAUUAUUUUUUGUGAUAUUUUCUGUGUAAUGUUGCUACUUAACUAAAUUAAAAUGUACUCCAUCAUAUUAUCGGUAGGUCGUGUUUACAACCUCAUAUUAUUAAAUUAAGUUUUUAUGUAAUAAAUAUAUUUUUUGCGUA